AUGUCUUCGCGAAUGCCAUGCAAUCACCCGAUGAGUGGUUGUGUGCCAUCCCUGCCCUCCAUGUCCUCCGCAGCCAUACCCUCACCGCUCAUGCCUUCAGUGCCGCCAAUGGUUGCGAUGAACGGCUGCGACCAGUGGUCAGCCGUUUGGACGACUCCUCCCAAUCCGUACCAACCCUUCGCUUAUCAGCCAUUGAGCGGACAGUCGGCCAUCGGUUCCCAACCGAUGCCAUCAUAUGUGAUGAAUGGCUUCAACAACCCCUGGAAUGCCAUGUCUUUAAUGAGACCACAAAUGAGUCCCUUUUUGGCCACAAAUUGUGCCGAAAGUCACCCACUCUUCGGAGCCAUGAGUGCACUGACGGCCGCCGCGAGUGUGCCGUCCCUUCCGUCGCAAAGAUAUCCUCAAAGUUGUGAUAAUAACGGCUCUAAUGGUUCGCAAACGCAACGCAACAACACUUAUAACACGUCUUUCGAUGUCUUAAGCAGUCAUUCGUCGCAUCAGAAGAAGCUAUACUCGAGUCAUAAGAAUCGCGAGUCCUAUGAAAGAGUGGACACAAACAGAGAUCACAAGAAUCGCCGCAAACGAGACUUCAGUCACAAAACGAGUCAUCAGUUGAGCGAUAAGUCGAGACACAAACCAAACGAACGGAUCUCUGAUCGCAGAGACCAUUGUCUGUCGGAUAAGACAUCGGAUGCGAAGCCAAACAAAACUGGAGACAAGUCGUCAGAACCCGAGUCUAAGCGGAAGAGGUAUCCGAAGAGUAGGUCCAGAGAAGAGACACCGAAAGCGAGUAACGAAGACAACAGACAUUCCUCGCGAGUGAGCAAAGAGUCGACGGAUAGGACGCAGACGUCGGCCACAGAGGCGACGGAUGAGGUGUUGCCGAAAGCCGUCGUCGAGUGGAUCCGAUGUUCGCCUUCAGAGCUAUUCUAUGAGUGCCGAAGAGAUAACGCGGAGUCCGUGUCGGCCACCAAACGGCUCAUUGACUUACAGAAGAGGUUUCGCUACGAAUUGAUCGAAAGGGCCGAACGGGCCGUUCAGUCGAAGCCCAAGUUUGAACUCCCGGUGCGAACCGUUCGCCUCAAAGCUCCCAAACCAGUCUUAAGCAGCGAUUCCUCGAGUUGUGGCGAAAGUGACAGCAAUGACGACGACUGCGAAGACACGGCUUAUGAGGAAUUGGAGCGCAAGAAGAGACACCCCUUAAGACUUCACGAGGAGUUGUGGUUCAAUGAUGUCGGAGAGAUGAACGACGGGCCGCUGUGUCGGUGCAGUCAAAAGGCGCGUAAGACCGGCAUUCGUCACGGCAUAUACCCGGGUGAGGAGCACCUGGAGCCGUGCGACCCGCUCGCCAACAACCGGCACCGCCUCCACCACUACCGCAUCCACAUCACGCCCGACACCAACUUCGCCACCAAAUUCCCGACAGUCAUCGCACACGACGGCCACGAGUUUGUCUUCGAGGGCUACUCGCUGUUGAGUCACUGGCCGCUCACGGAUCCCAUCGCCUGCAAAGUGAUCCGCUUUAACAUCGAGUACACCGUGACGUUCGUCGCCGAGCGCUUCCCCGCCAACUUCGCCGUCGAAGACCUCGAACUGUUCGCGCGGUUCGUCUUCGCGGAGACGCUCGAGUUGGUCGACCUGAACCUGAAGGCGCACCGGGAGGGCGAGGACUCGUGUCCGCGCUUUCACUUUUUGCCCCGUUUUGGGCGACCCCUCGACGACAACGGGAAGGAGUUGUUGUCAAUGAAUGUUAUGAACGACGGGCCGCUGUGUCGGUGCAGUCAAAAGGCGCGUAAGACCGGCAUUCGUCACGGCAUAUACCCGGGUGAGGAGCACCUGGAGCCGUGCGACCCGCUCGCCAACAACCGGCACCGCCUCCACCACUACCGCAUCCACAUCACGCCCGACACCAACUUCGCCACCAAAUUCCCGACAGUCAUCGCACACGACGGCCACGAGUUUGUCUUCGAGGGCUACUCGCUGUUGAGUCACUGGCCGCUCACGGAUCCCAUCGCCUGCAAAGUGAUCCGCUUUAACAUCGAGUACACCGUGACGUUCGUCGCCGAGCGCUUCCCCGCCAACUUCGCCGUCGAAGACCUCGAACUGUUCGCGCGGUUCGUCUUCGCGGAGACGCUCGAGUUGGUCGACCUGAACCUGAAGGCGCACCGGGAGGGCGAGGACUCGUGUCCGCGCUUUCACUUUUUGCCCCGUUUUGGGCGACCCCUCGACGACAACGGGAAGGAGUUGUUGUCAAUGAAUGUUGUGUUGCAGUACUUGUUGGCCAACAAUGAGCUCAUCAUCGAUGAGAAGCGUUUGGAUGACUACAGGCGG